UUUAUCAACCAUUAGAAGUGAACAAGGAAGUGACUAAAGUGAAAGAGUAAAGCAGUUAGCUCCCAGCCAGAAGAAACCCUUAUUUUCACAUUAAUUUCUGAAAUUAACUGCAGGAUAUUCACUGACUCUGGAAUAUAAAUGCAGACAAUUCUCACUCCCUGAAAAGAGGCAAGUAAAAUAAAGGAGGGAGUAAAUGGCUGAAUCUUCAUCACCAACAAAAGCCAACAGAAGGAGCAGCAUGGAACAACCAGGUUCCUUUUCUUGUGACUCCAGCAGUCUCCUGUCUGAAGAUCAGCUGCAGUGUUUGGUCUGUCUGAAUGUGUUCACUGAUCCAGUCACCACUCCAUGUGGACACAACUUCUGCAAGAGCUGCCUUACACAGCGCUGGGAGAAGAGUCAACACUGUCACUGUCCAUUAUGUAAAGAGAAAUUCACCAAGAGACCUGAACUGAAGAUUAAUACAACACUGAGAGGGGUUGCAGAUCACUUCAAGAAGAAAAGUAGUCCUGACAAACCAGAGGUUCUUUGCGAUGCCUGCACUGGAGAGAAGCUGAAGGCCCUGAAAUGCUGUCUGGAUUGUUGUGCAAGUUUGUGUGAAACUCAUCUAGAGUUUCAUAAUAAUAUGCCCAAACAUAAGAAACACAAACUAAUAAACCCUGUGGAGAACAUGGAGGCCUACAUCUGCCAGAAACAUGAGAGAGCUCUGGAGCUGUUCUGUAGAGAUGAUCAGACGUGUGUGUGUAAGUUCUGCACUGAAGGAGAUCACAAGAAUCACAACACUGUUCCUAUAGAGGAGGAAAACAGAGAGAGGAAGACACAGCUGGAGAAAACACAGACAGAUGUGCAGCAGAUGAUUCAGGACCGACUGAAGAAGCUCCAAGAGAUAAAACACUCAGUAGAGCUCAGUAAAAGAAGCACAGAGAAAGAGAAAGCAGACAGUGUUGAAGUCUUCACUGCUCUGAUUCGCUCCAUUGAGAGAAGUCAGGCUGAGCUGCUCGAUGUGAUGGAGGAGAAGCAGAAAGCAGCAGAGAGGCAGGCUGAAGGACUCAUUAAAGAGCUGGAGCAGGAAAUCACUGUGCUAAAGAGGAGAGACACUGAGCUGGAGCAGCUCUCACACACUGAGGAGCAUCUCCACCUCCUACAGAUUUACUCCUCCAUGUGCAGCCCUCCACACACCAAGAACUGGACUGAGAUCAGUAUUAACACUGAUCUGAGUGGGGACACUGUGAGGACAGCUCUGUCUCAGCUUCAGAAGACUCUGAAUGAGAAACUCACUAAAACACUGGAUGACAAUUUGAAGGAAACAGUUUCCACAGAACUGAAGAGGAUUCAGCAGUAUGCAGUGGAUGUGACUCUGGAUCCUGAUACAGCUCAUCCUGAUCUCAUCCUGUCUGCUGAUGGAAAACAAGUGACACAUGGAGACACAGAACAGUAUCUCCCUGAUACACCAAAGAGGUUUAAUACAUGUGUUAAUGUUCUGGGAAAGCAGAGUUUCUCCUCAGGGAGAUUUUAUUAUGAGGUGCAGGUCAGAGGGAAAACUGCGUGGGAUUUGGGAGUAGCCAAAGAGUCCAUUAAAAGGAAGGGGAUGAUUAUACAGAGUCCUCAAAAUGGAUUCUGGACUGUGGUACUGAGGAAUGAGAAUCAGUAUAAGGCUCGUGCUGAUCCCUCUGUCCUCCUCACACUGAGAGAGAAGGUGGAGAAGGUGGGGGUGUUUGUGGAUUAUGAGAAGGGUCUGGUCUCCUUUUAUGAUGUGAAGUCCAGCUUUCAUAUCUACUCUUUCACUGCUCAGUCUUUCACUGAGAAACUCUAUCCACUCUUCAGUCCUGAUUUAAAUGAAGAAGGUAAAAAUUCAGCACCACUGAUCAUCUCUCCUGUAUUUAACACUGAAUGAAUUUUCACCUCACAGAUUUAAUCAUCUAUUAAAUGGCGAGAAUAAUUUUUUCUUUUUUUUAACUUUUUCUAGUAAAUUUUAGAAAUAAAUAUUCCCUUUUAAAAUGCUGUACAGAUUAUUUUAAUACUUGUUUGUUUUGGAUAAAAAAAUUAAUUCUUCAAUCUGUUUUUUACACAUUAUGAUUGUGGAACUUUAUCACUCCAAAUCAAAUAUGAAUAAAGAUCAAUUACAGUUCACACUGAGUUUUACUGCAGAAUUUAAUAUCAAUAAAAUGAAUGAAGUUCAGCUGCUGAUGUCUGUAGAUACAACCAAACACCACUGAUUUAUUUGUAUUUAUUAAAUAGUCAUGCAGUAGUAAGUUACUGUUUCUAUAGUAACAACUAAUUAACAAUGACUUGCACUGCAUGGUGGAUGUGCUACAUCAUUUAUUGAAGGACUGGCACCAUAUGAAAUUUUGGCUGAAAUUAACUGUUAUAAAAAUGAUCUCAAUGAACGGUUUAAUUGUUUUUCUGAUUUUAUGCCACUGAUUCCAGAUAAGAACACUUUUGUAAUAAUGCACAGACAUCUCAGAAAGCUAUGUAUUAUAACUAUAAUAUUUUAAUUGAGUGUUAAAAAGUGUUAUUGUUAGGGUGGUGC